ACUGGAAGCAGUUUGACGUAACCAGAAUCCCAAAGAUGGCGGCUCUAGUGGCGCCUCGCUUGGCCCUUUUUGGCUCUUUUUCAACAAGGCCAAUUUCAAUUUUUGCCAUUCAACAGAAGAGCCUGCACAGCAGUGCUAAAAGUGACAAUACCAGCACAAGUGUGGUGCCAGUGAGAGAAAAGAGCACGGCAGUGGCAGCAGCCAAACCAGCAGCUGUAGCCAGCAGCAAGGGGGAGUAUGUUGUCACCAAGCUGGACGACCUGGUUAACUGGGCACGCAGGAGCUCUCUGUGGCCAAUGACCUUUGGCCUGGCAUGCUGUGCGGUGGAGAUGAUGCACAUGGCAGCUCCCCGCUAUGAUAUGGACCGCUUUGGAGUUGUGUUCAGAGCAAGUCCCAGACAGGCCGAUGUCAUGAUUGUGGCAGGAACGCUGACCAAUAAGAUGGCUCCAGCUCUGCGAAAGGUGUAUGACCAGAUGCCCGAACCUAGAUAUGUUAUUUCCAUGGGAAGCUGCGCUAAUGGAGGAGGCUACUACCACUAUUCCUACGCUGUUGUCAGAGGCUGUGACCGAAUUGUACCGGUGGACAUUUAUGUUCCAGGUUGUCCUCCUACUGCAGAAGCUCUGCUCUACGGGACUUUACAGCUGCAGAAGAAAAUCAAACGUGAGAAGAAGAUAAAGAUCUGGUAUAGGAAGUGAAUGUGUAAUAUGUUUGAGUGUAUCUGGUAUGUAAAUGUUUUAUUUCUGGUUUCAUUUGGAGCACCGCUCCUCCUCCAUGUAGAGCUGCAGGAAAUAAUUUAAAUAAAGACAUUGUUGUAAAUUACACACAGCACACUGCUGCUUAUCUUCAACCAAACACAGCAGCAGCCACUCAGUUCAGGUCUUGUGCUUAUUUACAGCAAAUUCUGCUAGUGUGACAGGAAUACCUCUUGUUGCUUGUGUCUGGAUUUAAACUACAGUUUUAUAUUACAAUCAUCUGUGCUCAAAUAGCUGUAGGCAGUACAGUUCUCAUUUACAAUAUCCAACCAGUCAGUCAUGGACAUAAGUUAUGAGUGGCGUACUAUCUUAAAUGCUAUUUUCAAUAAACUGAGCUUACAUGAAAAUCCA